AUGGUGCACAGAAACUUCUGUGACAACGGCAAGAAGCCCAAGCCGAUCCGGCGGCGCUGCAACCUCCAGGAGUGCUCCCAGCCCACCUGGGUGGCCGAGGAGUGGGGCGCCUGCAGCCGCUCCUGCGGGAAGCUGGGGGUGCAGGCGCGGGCGGUGCAGUGUGUGCAGCGCCUGCAGGACGGCACCAACCGCACCCUGCACACCAAGUACUGCCCCGGGCAGCGCCCCGAGACCCGCCGGCCCUGCGCCCGCCUGCCCUGCCCCGCACAGUGGAGGACGGGAGCCUGGUCCGAGUGCUCGGCCACCUGCGGGGAGGGUGUCCAGCAGCGGCAGGUGGUGUGCAAGGGCGGCGAGAGCGGCGGGCGCUGCGAGGGGGACAAGCCAGAGGCCAUCCAGGGCUGCCACCUGGCCCUCUGCCCAG